ACAUUCUUGGUAGGUGUGUCAUUGUUGCUGCUUGUGGUCCUACUGUGGACUUCUUCCAACUUUUUGACAAACUAUCAGCUAACGAAAGGGUACGAUAAACCUUUUGCGGUAACUUAUCUCAAUACGGCUUCAUUCGCUUUGUACCUAAUACCGUUCGCAGUCGUACUACAGCAAAGGCGAAAGAGCGCAAGGGACAUCACAACCGAAGCAUAUCAGCUGAAAGGCGUUUGGGCAAAAAAUACGUUGGAUAUCGAACGAAGAAGAUUGAUGAGACCUUCAUCUAUAGACGGCAGAAGACCACUUUCACAACAAGCAUUGAAGCAACUUCCCAGCACUGAAGAACAAUCUCCUCCAUUGGAUUUGCACCAGACUGCAGUCCUGGCUCUGCAAUUUAUGAUCGUUUGGUUUAUGGCAAAUUACUGUUUGAAUUUAGCACUCAAAUUGACAAGCGUUGCAAGUGCGACAACUUUGAGUAGCGCAAGUGGGUUUUUCACUUUGGCAUUGGGUGCAAUGAUUGGCGUGGAAGUAUUCUCAUUUGCCAAAUUGGGCGCAGUCACUAUGAGCUUUUUAGGAGUCUUGAUGGUGAUGCGAGCCGAUGUAAGCACAGGAGACGAUCAAACUCAAAUUCCCGGAGGUGGAAACCCGAGCAACGAACCUGCUUUGCCAUUUUCUGGAGAUCUACUUGCUUUGGCAUCGGCUUUAUUUUACGCGGUAUACGUCGUAUUACUCAAAUUCCGUAUCGGACGUGAGGAGAGGGUAUCUAUGCCUUUGUUCUUUGGUUUCGUUGGCAUUUUAAGUAUUACUCUUAUGUGGCCGAUCGGUCUCAUUUUACACUUGACCAGGAUCGAAUUGAUCGAAUUGCCACACGGAAAAUUGGAAUGGUUAAGCGUUGUUGUCAAUAUGUCCAUCACUGUGAUCAGCGAUUUUGCUUAUCUGUUGGCAAUGCUCAAAUCAUCCCCUCUAGUAGCAACCGUUGGGCUUUCUUUAACAAUUCCUUUGGCCAUCGUUGGUGAUACUUUACUCGGAUCGCAUUCUGGUGGUACGCAGGCGUAUGUAGGAUCAGCAGUGGUCCUAUCCAGCUUUGUAGUCAUUGGUCUCGUGGAUCGUACAUUGGCAAACCGACAGCAACAGUGA